UUCAAAAAUAAAAAAUAUCGUUUCAAUUGAAUCAAUAUUCUUCCAAACUUUCAUCAUUUAUAAAGUUAUUGGGUUAAAUAAGUGAUCUUGAUGGAGUCAAAACUAGAAACAAAACGAAAGACAAUAAAAAAAACUAAAAAUGUCUUUCUCAAUAAAUUCAACUUUUCUAUUGUUAUUAUGGUUGGUAUUUUCUACCUAGUUCGUUACUACACAACUGUCAAUCUUUGGAUCAAUGUGGUUCGAGCGAUGCCUGGUACAAAACUACAUCCGGAUGUUGAUAGAGAUAUUUUUGGAUUAAUUGAAUCAAGAGGUUUUCGAUAUGAAAGACAUUUUAUUACUACCCAAGAUGGCUACAUUCUACAAUUGGUUCGGUUAAUCAAUCCAUAUUUGAAAGAUAAUCAAACUGUUUUAAAGCCAGUAUUACUUCAUCAUGGAUAUUUUUGUUCGGCAACAAUUUGGUUGACAGCAGCAAAUGGUUCACUUGAUGAGUUGGGAUUUUUCAACGAAUUUUACGAUACUGAUAAUAAAAUUUUGACAAAUGGCAGUCAACAGGUGGGAAACAGUCUUGGAUUUGUUUUGUCUGCAUAUGGCUAUGAUGUGUGGCUUGCUAAUUAUCGUGGUAAUAUUUAUUCGACCAAUCAUACCACACUAAAUACUGAUGAUCCUGAAUUCUGGAAAUUUUCGAUUGAUGAAAUGAUUAAAUAUGAUUUACCAGCAGAAAUUGAUUAUAUUUUAGCUAGAACAAAUCGUCCUACAUUAAGUUACAUUGGUCAUUCACAAGGCAAUCUUAUGAUGUAUGGAUUGAUGUCGUUAAGCGAUGAUUAUAUGAAAAAGAUUGAUGCCUUCAUCGGUUUGUCACCAGUGACUCAUGGCCUUAAGAAUACAUCGAUUCUUCGACUACUUUAUUACUUAAAAGGAUUGCUCAAAGCAUAUCCCAAUUUGAUUGUGUUAAAAAAUCCAACUCGACUUCUGAUACCCAACCUUUGUCAGAAUAUAUUGAUAAAGCCAUUUUGUCAAUAUUUAAUAUAUUUAUCUGUUGGAAUGCAAAAACAUAACAUGAUUCAUGAACGAAUACCCGCCUACAUUGAUGCAAUAAUGAUGGGUUCAUCCCCAUGGAAUACUGUUCAGUUGUAUGGUGAACCACUUUGGUUACGAUAUUUUGAUUAUGGAGAAGAGAAAAACCAAAAACUUUAUGGCCAAUCUGAAGCACCAUUUUAUGAUUUUAGUCGAAUAAAUUCCACUAAAAUUGCAUUGUUCUAUUCAGAAAUCGAUUGCUUAAAUCAUAUCGAAAAUGUGAAAAAAUUUAAAAACGAAUUGAAAGUAAAAUUAUGGGAUGAUUAUUUAGUUGCUGAUCCUUCAUACGAUCAUAAUGAUUUCUUAUGGGCUAUCAAUUCUGGUCAAUUAGUCAAUACAAGAGUAUUAAAAUUACUGCAACUUUAAAAGUUUGAAUUAAUUGAAUCUAGAGGCUUCAUAUAUGAACAACAUUUUGUUACCACGCCAGAUGGCUAUAUUCUUCAAUUAGUGCGCAUGGUAAAUCCAUUCAUCAAAAUAGAAGAUCGUAUCAGACUGCGUCCCAUUCUAUUACAUCAUGGUUAUCAAUGUUCAGGAACAAUAUGGCUUGUUGCUAUGAAUGGUCAUCUAGAUCAUAAUGGAAACUAUUAUGAAAUGGAUGAACAAAAACAAAUUUUAACAAACAGUAGUAAUCAGAUGGGAAAUUCAUUGGGUUUCAUUCUGACAGCAAGAGGUUAUGAUGUUUGGUUGGCUAAUUAUAGAGGAAGCAUCUAUUCGAGAAAUCAUACUCAUCUAGAUAUUGAAAGCAAUGAAUAUUGGAAAUUUUCAAUGGAUCAAUUGAUAAAAUAUGAUCUUCCGGUUCAAAUCGAUUAUAUUAUAAGUUAUACGAAACAUACUAAAUUAUCAUAUAUAGCUCAUUCACAAGGAGCAUUAAUAAUGUUUGCUUUAAUGUCAAUGAAUAAUUCAUAUGCGGAGAAAAUUGAACCUUUUAUUGCUUUGGCUCCAGCAUUCUGUAGUUUUCAUUCCAAAGUUGAUUCUUUAUUCAAAUAUUCUGCAAGCAUGCGAAAUGUAUUUCUUUCAUAUCCACAACGAUUUCCGCCUUUGAUUAUAUCAUCAUUAUUGCGAACAUUAUGUCAAAAUUAUUUCAUUAAACACUUGUGUUUCGUGUUCAAUUAUUUAAUAGUUGGUACACAAAAACGAACUAUAUUUCCGGAACGUUUACCAAUUUAUAUUGGAGCAGAAACGAUGGGAGCAUCUACAUGGGUCACAGCGCAUCUUAUGCAACUAAUUUUAAAAAAUGACAAUAUGAUGAAUAGUAGUAUUGAUAGUGAGACAACAAAGGAGUGUCAAUUGGAAUAUUUUGAUUAUGGUGAAGCAGAAAAUCUACGAUUUUAUGGACAACGAACACCACCCAUCUAUGAUGUGGCAAAGAUUAAUUCGACAAAAAUAGCCCUAAUCUAUGCAAAGAAAGAUUUUCUUAUUGGAAAUAGUGUGCAGAGUUUAAAAUCCAAACUGAAUGUUAAACUUUUAGACGAUUAUGAAAUACCAGAUCAAACAUAUAGUCAUAUGGAUUUGUUUUGGGCAAAGAAUUCGGGCGAAAUGGUCAACAAAAAAGUGUUGGAAAUUUUAAAUUCAACCUAAGCAUAUUAACAUUGUUUUUAUCAUUUAAACUGAUAUUU